AUGAGAGCUUUACUAGCCUCACAAGGUAUCUGCAAUUUCCACAACAUUCUCAGCGUUGAGCUAGUUCGCCAGGCUGUUCCCGUAUUUGGAUACAUGUACUUCCCUCCAACUAGCGAGAAGGUCUACGGAGUGGGUAACGAUGCGAUACUUGGCAAUCACCAUGGCCAUGCACACCUUCACCACCACUUCCAUCGGGGCGGGAAUAACAAUCCGACACCGAUUGAAAUCAGCGUUGGGGCAACCUCUACUCGAAUAGAAUAUAGCGGGACUCCGGUAGCUGUGAAUGAUUCCGCCGAACUAGUCUCGCAAGCUCUAGGAAAACUGGCAGUGAUCAACAAAGAGCGUUACGAAAACAUCACUUACAACAGAUAUGAGUUUGCGGACGCACACCAGAUUGUUGGCCAAAAGAUCAAUGCUCCACCGUUGAAUUAUGGUUCAAAUGUCACACAGAGCUUACCAAAUAUUUCUAGCCACGAGAAGAGAGACGACCAUGAGGGAAACUCUACCCGCAGAUUGGUGUACAGUAUCUCUCCAGAACUAGCCCAGGCAGCUAGAAUUCUAGCUGAAUCUCAACCUCCUACUCCAUCGACUGGAGAAGAGGCAGAUUUGGCAAUGAACGUGAGGAUGAAAUACUUUGCAGAAUCAAAUGACACCAACACUCCUCAACAAGCCCAUCGGCAUUCAGAUGGUCUUUCGGAAUAUGCUGUGACUUGGGCAGAUGAAAUGCCACUUGCAAAUCGGACUACCGUUGAAAACGACGGGAAACUGUUGAAAAGAGCUUCAUCGUCCGACUAUUGGAUGGCAAACUUGGAGCAGCGAGGUGCCAGUCCAUACGCACCCACUGGGUACAAGGUCUUCAGAAAUGUUAAAGACUACGGUGCGAAGGGCGAUGGUGUGACGGAUGAUACAGCCGCCAUCAACACAGCAAUCGCCGAUGGCAAUCGAUGUGGUGCUGACUGCAGCUCUAGCACGGUUUAUCCCGCUGUGGUGUUUUUCCCACGUGGAUCUUAUCUUGUUAGCAGUCCUAUCAUCCAAUACUACAACACUCAGUUCCUCGGAGAUCCGGGCGACUAUCCUACAAUUCUCGCAGCUGCAAGCUUUGUUGGACUAGGUGUCAUCACGUCGGAUGUUUACGUUGGUGAUCAAGAUGAAUGGUACAUCAACACGAAUAAUUUCCUUCGCAGUGUGCGAAAUUUCAAAAUGGAUAUAACAAGGACUGACCCUAAUGCCUACGUCUGCGCCAUCCAUUGGCAGGUUGCACAAGGCACAUCCCUAGAAAAUAUUGACUUUUACAUGUCUCGAGCAGCUGGUAACACCCAACAAGGUAUCUACAUGGAGAAUGGGAGUGGUGGUUUUAUGGCUAAUCUGACUUUCGUCGGGGGAAAUUUUGGUGCAUACUUGGGAAACCAACAGUUCACCACGAGUCAGUUGGUAUUUGUUCAAUGCAAAACUGCCAUGCAGGUCCACUGGGACUGGGCGUGGACGAUGCAAGACGUUGUCAUUGAAAGCUGUGGAACGGGUAUCCUCCUUACCGGUGGGGCCGGUGGCUCUUUUAGCACUGGACAAGGGGUCGGGUCCUUAAUUCUGGUGGAUGCAAUAAUUGCCAACACACCGACUGGAAUAAUGACUUCCCUAUACGGGCAAAACUCCACAGAAUUCCUUCUCCAGAACGUUGGUUUCUUCAACGUUCAGAAGGCAAUAAUCGCCGAGAGAUUUUCAGAUCCAAUUCUUGCUGGUGGAAACGAAGUUCUGAUUGAUGCUUGGGGAUUUGGCCUUUAUGGUAAUGCCAGUGGAGUCUUUUUCGCCCAGGAGAAUGAUCUUCCGGUUAUGAAGCGCCCGGAAGCUCUGGUUGGUAGCAACAAAUAUGUGAAACCGAAUUUGUUCACGCGUCGCCGACCUCAAUACUAUGAUCUCGGUGGAAGCCAAGUCAUUGAUGUAAAGGCAUAUGGUGCCAAGGGUGACGGGGUCACAGAUGACACGGAUGCAUUGAACAGUGUUCUCUCUACUGCCGCUAAUCUCUCGUCGAUAGUCUUUAUCCCUUACGGUGUGUAUAUUAUCAAAGACACACUAAAGGUCCCAGAAGGAUCCCGGAUCAUGGGUCAGGCGUGGUCGCAGAUUAUGGCCACUGGGGCAAAGUUCGAAGAUAUUGAGAAGCCCCAUGUAGCCGUCAAAAUCGGCGACCAUGGAGAUGAGGGAAUCGUCGAAAUCCAAGAACUAUUAUUUACUGUCUCAGGACCCACGGCCGGUGCCAUUCUUGUGGAAUGGAACAUACACGAGUCGACUCAAGGUUCAGCGGGCUUAUGGGAUUCCCAUUUCCGUGUCGGUGGAGCAAAGGGCUCCAUGCUCCAAGCUAAGGAUUGUCCUAAAAGGGCCUCGACGCUGAACAAGAAUUGUAUCGCGGCUUCAAUGUUAAUGCAUAUCACUCAAGGUGCAUCUGCAUACAUAUGGCGAGACUCAUGGUACCGCGAGCCAACCGAUAUCGUGGGCCAGCGCAAUUUCACGGGCUAUUAUCUUUAUAGCAAAUCACGGAAUAAUGCUCUGCUCAACAGACUGUCUAACACAUGCCAAACGGCAAUGACAAGAUUGAUCAAUUGCCCCGAUGAGACCUACGCAUUUCUCGGGCGAGGCUGGCCACAGUCGUAUACAAACAAGACUAUCGCCAGUAUGGUCUGCAGCCGUGGAUGUAAAGAUUCGAUCCAAUCGUGGUAUGAAGAGGUUACCACCCACUGCAAAGAAUUCGAUACCAAGGAGGAUGUGAUGAACUUUCGCGGCGGUAUUCUUUGGGCUGGAUGGAACCAGACAUGUCUCCAGAGCCCCCAGGGGGGCGAAUAUUGCAGCGAUGUAAUCGCGGGAUUCUCACCUGUCAAACAUGCGGAGGAAAUGCUUGACUCGGAGUUGUGUUCCUACUGCUAUACAACCGUUCUGCAAAUGGCUCAACAAUCUCCAUAUUCCUUUUAUGACCAGAGCUAUCAGAGGCUAUUGAAUCUGACCCAGGAGAGGUGUGGUUUGACCGGGGCAACAGAUAUCGCAAAACCUGUUGAAGACCGUAGCGAUGACCCCAACGACUUUUGCGCCUCUGACAUCGUUUACACUACUAUCCAGGGGGAUACAUGUGACUCCAUUGCUGUUACGCACACUAUUUCCUCCGCCGCGCUUUUCAUCGGCAGUCCAGAGAUCAUCGAUUGCACCGAUAUCAGACCCGGGCUGUCUAUAUGUCUACCAUUUUCGUGUGACAAUGUCUAUACCUACCCUGCGAAUGCCACAUGUGCGACAAUUGAGGAUAGCUUUGGCAUGGAUAGUGGGGUGAUCCGUCGAUUAAAUCCUUGGAUUGAUGGCGGCUGCACCAAUCUUCAAGAAUGGAGUGUGAACUACGGGCAUGUUCUUUGCGUGUCGCCACAGGCCGGUACCCACACGCACAUGGCGCCCCCACCGGGUGUUACAUCACUACCAGGCUCAGAUACUGGGUUUACAGAUCAGGAUAUUGCCCCACCUGCUAAUAGCACAGUGGCUAAUGGGACAACAAUGAGUUGUGGGCGUUGGCACGUUGCCCGCGAUCAGGACACCUGCACAGCAAUCUGUGUACAGGGUGGCAUUGAAUUUUCCUUAUUUCUGGCUGUGAAUCCAUCACUAUCAGCCGAUUCUUGCACGACAGAAUUGCAGAUGGGAGCCGCAUACUGCACUGGGCCAACCCAAGGCUGGGGCCUCGUUCGUCCGAACUCAACCACCCCUAGGUCAUCCGUGGUAGCUACAAACACUGCGUUAGAUCUUGGAAUCUAG